GACGCCGAGACCCAAACCCGAUCCCCAAAACUGAGAGCAUUUCGCUCACGAGCUCUCCGCCUCCGGCCUCUCUCCUCCUCCCCACACCAAUUUCGAAACAGCGAGAGCCAAAAGAGGCAGACGCGGAACCCUUCCCUCUCAGAUUAGACCCAGGAGGAGCGCGAGGAGGGGAGAGAGAGCUUGGGUGUCGAAACCCUCGCCGGUGCGCCAAUUCGCCGCCCGAUUCGGCGAGGUGGCUGGAGAUGGAAACCGCGGAGCAGCUCAGGGAGCUCGGGGAGAAGCUCGGGUCGGAGCUGCCGGCCUCGGCCGACGCCGUCGCCAAGCUCCUCGAGCAAGCUGCGGAAGGUCUACAUGUAAUAGAGCAGUCACCAGGGUCCUCAGUGAUGAGAACUAUCCAACCAUGUCUAAAUGCAGUUGCCAGAGAAGAAUUGCUGAAACAUCAGGAUGAAGAUGUCAAAGUUCUCUUAGCAACCUGCUUCUGUGAAAUUACAAGAAUAACCGCACCUGAAGCUCCCUACAGCGAUGAUGUUUUAAGGACCAUAUUUCAUCUGAUUGUGGGUACAUUUAGUGGACUCAUUGAUGUGCAUAGCCAUUCCUAUGUCAGGAGAGUUGCUAUUUUGGAAACAGUUGCAAGAUACAGGGCCUGCGUUGUGAUGCUAGACCUUGAAUGUAAUGACCUCAUCACUGACAUGUUCCGAACUUUUUUACAAAUUGCCAGUGACAAUCAUGACGCAAAUAUUGCGAAGUCCAUGCAGACAAUAAUGGCCCAUAUUAUAGAUGAGAGUGAGGAUAUACAUGAAAGCCUUCUACAUGUACUCUUAUCAGCUUUGGGCCGGAGAAAAACUGGUAUUUCUUUCUCCGCACGCAAGCUUGCUCGCAGUGUUAUAGAGCAUUCUGCAGGAAAACUCGAACCAUACAUAAAGAAGUUUCUCACCUCAUCCUUGGCUGGGGACAACAGUUCUUCAAAUGGCCACAUUGAUCACCAUGAAGUCAUAUUUGAUGUGUAUCAGUGUGCUCCAAAGGUUCUUAAAGUGGUGGUGCCUUAUAUAACUGGGGAACUACUGGCAGACCAGGCAGAAAUGCGGUCUAAAUCGGUGGACUUCCUUGGGGAACUUUUUUCUUUACCUGGAGUUCCUAUCUUGGAAUCUUUUAAGCCUCUUUUCAUUGAGUUCCUGAAGAGAUUGACUGACAGAGUAGUAGAAAUCCGUGUUUCCAUGAUUGAGCAUUUGAAGGAAUGUCUACUGUCAAACCAUUCCAGACCGGAAGCUCCAGAGAUAACCAAGGCACUUUGUGAUAGAUUGUUGGAUUAUGAAGAAAAUGUACGAAAGCAAGUUGUGGCUGCUCUUUGUGAUGUAGCUUGCCAUUCAUUUGGUGCGGUUCCAGUUGAAACUAUCAAACUAGUUGCCGACCGUGUCCGUGAUAAAUCAAUUUCUGUGAAGUGCUACACCAUGGAGAGACUGGCUGAUAUCUACAGGCUGUAUUGUCUGAAGGGGUCUGAUAGCUCAACUAAUUCUUCUGAUUUUGAAUGGAUACCUGGAAAAAUAUUAAGAUGUCUUUAUGACAAAGAUUUUAGGCCAGAGUCAAUUGAAUCAAUUUUAUCUGGUUCAUUAUUCCCACCAGAGUUUCCAACAAAGGAAAGAGUGCAACAUUGGGUAACUGCUGUCGCACAUUUUGAUAAAGUUGAGAUGAAAGCUCUUGAACAGAUCUUACUGCAAAAGCAAAGGUUCGAUAAGUCAUUUAAUUUGAUAAUUGCUCUCCCUUUUCUUUUCUUUUCUUUUCAUUCUAGAAAUGUUUUGAUAUUUUGCAUGGCGAUCAAUUUCAGACUACAACAAGAAAUGCUCAAGUACAUUGGCCUUCGGGAAACACGCCAGGAGGAUGCCCCUGAUGUGCAAAAAAGAAUCGUAGCAUGUUUUCGGAGCAUGUCCCGUUUGUUCAGUGAUGCAACAAAGGCUGAGGAGAACUUGAACAUGCUUCAUCAGCUAAACGAUGCCAAUAUCUGGAAAAUAUUCACAAGCUUGCUUGAUUGCUCAACAACGUUCAACAAAGCUUGGUCCAUUCGGGUUGAUUUGCUUAAGAAGCUUGGUGAAGAACAUGCACUACAUGAUUUCGUGAGCACACUAUCGAUGCGAUGUUCAUAUUUACUUGUGAACAAGGAAUAUGCUAAAGAGAUCCUUUCUGAAGCUUCUGAACAAAAAUCUGCUGGGAAUUCAAAACUCAUCUCAUCAUGCAUGAAUCUUCUGACGGCAAUAUCUAGUUUCUUCCCUUCACUUUUGUCUGGACUUGAAGAAGAUAUCAUCGAACUUCUUAAGGAGGAUAAUGAACUGCUUAAAGAGGGUAUUGCCCAUGUUUUGUCGAAAGCUGGUGGCAACAUUCGUGAACAACUGGCCUCAUCAAGCUCUGUUGCCCUUCUAUUAGAGCGGCUAUGUUUAGAGGGAACACGGAGGCAGGCUAAAUACUCUGUGCAUGCUUUGGCUGCCAUCACAAAAGAUGAUGGUCUGAUGGCACUAUCUGUUCUCUACAAGAGGCUUGUGGAUUUGCUGGAGGAGAAGAAAGUUCAUUUACCUUCUAUCUUGCAAUCUUUGGGGUGCAUAGCUCAGAUAGCAAUGCCAAUAUUUGAAACAAGGGGGGAAGAGAUAAUAAAUUUCAUAACGAAAAAAAUUCUUGAGUGCAGUGAUGAUAUGGUUGAAGUUUCUGCUGACAAGUCUGAAUGGGGUGAUAGUUCAUAUAGUUGUUUGCUAAAGAUUUAUGGCAUUAAAACUUUGGUGAAGAGCUGUCUACCUUGUAAAGAUGCUCAAGCAGAUUCUGGAUUAGAAAAAUUAAUGGGCAUCCUUAAAAAUAUUCUUACGUAUGGUGAUAUUUCCCCAGACAUGAUUUCAAGUGCUAGUGAUAAGGCCCAUUUGAGGCUGGCAGCAGCAAAAUCUGUUCUUCGCUUAUCCAGACAAUGGGACCAUAAAGUGCCUGUUGAUGUUUUUUAUCUGACUCUGAGGAUAUCACAGGAUGAUUUUCCUCAGAUGAGGAAAUUGUUCCUCAGUAAAGUACAUCAAUAUAUCAAGGAGAGGGUUUUGGACGCAAAAUAUGCCUGUGCCUUCUUAUUAGGCGUGGAUGAUUAUCGUGCGCCACAGUAUGAAGAGUUUAAGCACAACCUGAUUGAAGUGGCACAAAUAUGCCAACAAGUUAAGAUGCGUCAACUAUCUGUCCAAGCAGAUGUGAAUUCGCUCACAGCUUACCCAGAAUAUAUAAUUUCAUAUUUGGUUCAUGUCCUUGCUCAUGAUCCUUCAUGCCCUACCGUUGAGGAAUACGAGGAUGUCAACGCAUUUGGUCCAAUUUACUGGCGAUUGCAUCUGCUUCUUUCAACUCUCCUUGGAGAAGAAGGUUCGCAGUAUAGUGUACCUGGUAUGAAAAAGGAAAGCUUCAUGACAACAAUAUCUAUAUUCAGAAGCAUCAAAUGUUCCGAAGACGUAGUUGAUGUAAAUAAGACCAAGACUCUACAUGCUAUAUGCGAUCUUGGUAUUCUUAUUGCAAAGAGGUUGUGUCAAGACGAGAUAAAUAUAUCAGAAAAUCAAACAGUUCCAUUGCCUGCUCAACUUUAUGUGCCAGUUAAGGACCAAGAUGAAAGCUCAGUGGAGGGUGAUGGGAAGAUGUGGUUGGGAUGUGAGAAUGUGCUGACCCAUUUUGAGGCUCUUAUGACAGCAAACACCGCUGAGGUUGAAUCACCUGAAGGUAAGAUGCUCAUAGAUGAGACUGAUGAAUUUGGCAAUGAAAUCCCUCUAGGGAAAAUUGUCCAAAUUCUUAAAUCUCGAGGAGCAAAAAAGGCAGGGAGAAAACAAAAUGCAGCAUCUAGUUCAGUAAAUGCUGGAAAAGAUGAUGAUGUCUUGGGAUUGGUAAGAGAAAUAAACUUAGACAACGAAGAAAAUUCAGGAGAAUUGGUAAAGAGCAAAACAAAUAAGCAGCAGAUGGAUACGAAAGAAAGCACCGAGAAGUCAGUAGAUUUUUCAACACCAAAACGCAAACGAUCAGUUUCUAAGAGUAGACCACACCCAGCAAAAGACAAUGAUGAGAUUUUAGUAAAUUCUGUCAACACAGAAAAAACUAAUAACUCUUUGGAAAGCAAGUUGAAGAAGGAGAAAAGCAGAGCUGAGUCAACUGAGACAGACUUGAUAGCAUCGCCUGCCAGUACUAAAACCCCUGCAUCCAAAGGGAAAAAGAGCGCUAAGAAAUCCCAUGCCGAAGUCUUGCAUAGCAGUGCAAAGAAGUCUGCUGAUGAGAGUACAAUGGGAGCUGCUGAACUGGGUAGUCAAAACGGGUCCUUCAGAAGACAGAAGCCAAGAUUGGCGUCUGGUUUAGCAAAGUGCUCAACGGUUGACUCAAGCAGUACCGACUUGGUAGGACAUAAAAUAAAAGUUUGGUGGCCUUUGGAUAAGAAAUUUUAUGAAGGUUUUGUGAAGUCAUAUAAUUCAGCAAAGAAACUACAUACAGUGUUAUACGAUGACGGGGAGGUUGAGGAGCUUAACAUGACCAAAGAAAAGUGGAGAAUGAUUGAAAGUAAUGGUUCACCAAUGAAGCAAAAGAAGGAUCAUCCAGGGACAAUUCAAGGACGAGCACAUGACAUGAGAACUACCAGCAGCAGGAAAGCUCCACCUAACCAACAUAAGUCAGCAAAGAGGCCAUCACCUCUAACGACGAGAGGGAAACCAAAAGGGUUGCCAGAAAGCAAACGUAGAAAGACAGCAGGAGGUAACAAGGCUGUUGAAGUUAGCAAUGCUGGUUCAGACUCAUCCAGUUCUCUUGCUCACUCAGAUCACGACGAAGAUGUAAAAUCCGAUGGCCAUAAGGAGAAAGAGGUAGCAGUUAGCUCAGCUCAGAAGAAAAGAACAGUGAAAGAAUCCAAAGUGGAGCUGAAAGAGGAGAAACCUGAUGGCAACAGUUUAAGCAGCAAGGAGGAAUCUGACGAUGAAACACUUAGUGUCUGGAAAAAACGCACAUCACAGGCAACAUAGGCUUGCUUUUUCUCAAGUUGACAGUGCCCUUUAGGAUGCAGAUUUCACAGGCAGUCGGUUGGGAAUGUGGAUAUCUCAUUAGUUGACCCUUGCAAUUGACAGUUGUAAUGUAGAAAAUGUUCUUUGCCGAUAGCAACAGUUUAGUAUAGAGGAGCAGCGGGAUAGGAUUUGCUCUGUUAAUGUUAUUAGAAGCUGGACCUUGUCGCCAACUUAGCCAAGGGCAAUCGUGCUUAUCCUUGAGGGUCGGAGGUUAUGUAACAUAUCUGGUUAGCAUUCUUUUGCAGGAAAUAACUCUUGUAGACAUGUUGUACAACAAUAAACCAUUGUCCUAGGUUGUAUAACUAGCGUGUGGCACCUGUUUCAGAGACCGUUAUUCCAAAGAUACAGAUUUUGCAAAUAGAAGGA